AUGAAGUGUCGGAACAACCGGGCCGACAGCCACCUGACCGGGCAGGUGGAGUUGAACAGCAUAAGCAACGGCGCCUGGGUGAACCAGGGCUACUGUGGCUCCCCUCUGCCCCUGCCCCGAGCUGUCAGCACCAUCUACAGCCCCCAGCCCAUUGUCCAGGGCUCCAUGGACAGCAUGUACAAACCGGACAUUCCCGGCCCAUUUCCAGAGGAACCACCAUCCACUGGCCAAAGCCUGGUGAAGAAACAAAGAGGCUGCUGCUCUUUUAUCAAAGGCUUGUGGGGGACAACAUUGACUGAAAACACCUCAAACAACAGAGAACUGUUUGUCCGAACCACGCUACGAGAGUUAAUGGUCUAUCUGGUGUUCCUGGUGGAUAUAUGCCUCUUGACAUAUGGUAUGACCAGCUCGAGCACCUAUUACUACACUAAAGCCAUGACGGACCUGUUUGUGAACACAGCCGGUAACAGUGGGGUUACGUUUCAGUCCAUUGGCACCAUGGCUGACUUCUGGACCUAUGCCCAGGGCCCAUUGGUGGACAGCCUCUACUGGACUACAUGGUACAAUAACCAGUCCCUGGACAGCGGAGACCAGUCCUUCAUCUACUAUGAGAACAUGCUGCUGGGAGUCCCUAGAAUGAGGCAGAUCAAGAUCAUGAACAACUCCUGCAAGGUCCCCAAAGACUUUAAAGAUGAGAUCACGGGAUGUUUCGAUGUUUACAAUGACAAGAAGGAGGAUGACAUUAGCUUUGGUCUAAUCAAUGGCACCGCCUGGACCUACCACACAGAGAAAGAAAUCAAAGGUUCUUCUUACUGGGGAUUGCUGACCACAUACAGUGGAGCGGGAUACUACCAAGACCUGAGUCGCACCAAAGGGGAGACCGCCAUCAUACUGCAGGAACUGGUGGACAACCUGUGGCUCGACCGAGGAACCAGAGUAGCAUUCAUCGACUUCUCCACUUACAACGCAAACAUUAACAUGUUCUGUGUCAUCAGGUUGGUUGUUGAAUUCCCAGCAACUGGCGGAGCUAUCCCUUCCUACCAGAUAAGAACAGUCAAACUGAUUCGCUACAUCACCAACUGGGAUUACUUUAUCCUCGGCUGUGAGAUGGUCUUCUGUUUAUUCAUUAUUUAUUACGUUGUGGAGGAGAUUCUUGAGCUGCGAAUACACAAGCUCUCCUAUUUCAAAAGCAUCUGGAACAUACUGGAUGUUGUUGUCAUAAUGCUCGCCAUCGUUGCCAUUGUAUUCAAUAUUUUCCGAACUGUCAAAGUGGACAAGUUGCUUGGCAAACUGCUGGAACAACCUGGUAUCUACGCUGACUUUGAAUUUCUGGCCUUCUGGCAAACACAGUACAACAACAUGAAUGCAGUGAACUUGUUCUUUGCGUGGAUCAAGGUUUUCAAGUACAUCAGUUUUAACAAGACCAUGACUCAGCUGUCCUCCACACUGGGUCGAUGUGCUAAAGAUAUCUUGGGCUUUGCCAUCAUGUUCUUCAUCGUGUUCUUCGCUUAUGCUCAACUUGGAUAUUUGCUCUUUGGAACAGAGGUUCAAUCUUUCAGCACCUUCGUCAAGUGCAUCUUCACACAGUUCAGAAUUAUUCUUGGAGACUUUGAUUUCGAUGCCAUUGACCGCGCUAACAGAGUUCUUGGGCCAAUCUACUUUGUCACCUAUGUGUUCUUUGUUUUCUUUGUUCUACUGAACAUGUUUCUGGCCAUCAUAAAUGACACAUAUUCUGAGGUUAAGGAGGAGCUCUCAUCCCAAAAAGAUGACCUACAGUUUACUGACAUCAUCAAACAGAGCUAUAUGAAGACAUUUACGAAGUUGAAACUUAAAAAGGAGAAAAUAACAGAUGUUCAGAAGGUGCUACAGUCUGGAUCCAGAGACAUUGAAUUCAAGGACUUCAGAGAAACCUUGAAAGAGAUGGGACAUGCUGAUCAUGAAAUUUCUGCAGCCUUCUCACGGUUUGACCAUGAUGGGAACCAAAUUCUAGACAAAGAUGAACAAGCGAGGAUGAAAAUCGAGCUGGAAGAAAAAAGGGACGCUCUUUGUGCUGAACUUAACAAUCUUGGAACGACUUAUGGGAAAGAAGUACUGGAGAAGCCUCCUGUAACAUCCAAUGAGCAGAAAAACCACACUGUUGAUCGUGAACAGUUUCUAAGACUGGCCAGACAGGUUCGUCAACUUGAAAGCUCUGUGGCAGGCCUUACAUCCAGGAUUGAGUUGAUCGUGGAAAAACUGGGAUUACAAGAGAAAACUAAGGGAGACAAAACGGCAAGGAAACUGACUGUAGCCAAUAAUGAUAGUGAUGACGCUGCCUCAGAUGGGAGCGUCCUGGUGUGCGUGGACGGAGGGACCAAGGCCGAGAUGUCAUCAAGGAAACCAGCAGUUUACACCGACUCCACAUACAAUUGUCAUAUGUGA